GCAAAUCCCAUACCCUCCAUCUAGCAUUUUCGCAUCGACCUUAAAAUGCAAAAAAAAAUCAAAAUAUAAAAAUACAGUGAAAAUGAAAAUGAAUAAAAAGAGGAAUAAUAUAGAGAGAGCCUCGUAUAUAACACCAUCCAACUAUCGUUUUUCCUCCUCUAUUUCGAUAAAAUCAACUUCCCUCUGUCUCUUUUCUUCAUUCUCUCUCCUGUAACUUGUCUUCUUCUCUCCUCUCUCGCUCCUUUUGUAUUGUAUCUGAUUCCCUUUUUCUCCGGGAGCUGUGAUUUUGAUUUAGUCAGCGUCGAUGAAGAAGGUUACAUCUGCAGCGGCGGCUAAGAUGGCGCUCAAAGAUGAGUGGGUGGCGACGGCGAUGACUGACGACGAGAUGGUGGUAGAGCUUCUAAUACGACUAAAGCACGCGGGAACGGUUGUUUCGGAAGAUCCAGCGACGAAUCUGCCUCCGCUGCGGUGGGGAGGAGCCCGUCAACGGCGGUCACGGACCUCAAGAUUUGGUUGUGGCGGCGUUGCCGUUUCGUUGAAGAAGGAUGUGUAUUCCGCUAGAGGCAGUCCGAAGACUCCGCUCUCCUGGAGCGGCGGAUCCGGAAGCGGCGUCGGCGGUUCUGCGUCUCCCUCGGCCGAUGGAUUCGAGGACACCAGUCUCCUAGCUAGCUGCUCCACGUCUACAGUAUCCGGAUCUAAGGAUUUUCCCACAAACGAAAUCACCAAUUCUUUCUCCAAGAGAUUGAAGAUAAAGAAGUCUUCUGAGCUUAAAUACCAAGAGAAGUUAAAGUUGAAGGAAAGAGUCGACCUUGAAAAUGAUAUUGCAAGUCUCCGAGCAACGUUCGACGAACAAAACGUUAGGAACCACAUGUUGAAGAGGAUUAAGCUUGACUUGAGUUCAGGCCGUAUCAAGAACGUGACUCCUCAGGUUGAUCUGAUUCCUAAACCACAGGGCGAGUCGAAAUCUUGCAGAGCAGAGGACAACAAAACCGAUAGCUCGGAAAAUAAGGACAACUUCUUCUUCCUCCCUGAUUUGAACAUGGUACCAACCGAGGACGAGAUAUUGUAUGGAACUAGCUAAGAGGCUUAUCUGAAGACUUUCAAUCUCGAUCUGAUUACAGUUAUGAAAGGAGCCAGAGAGGCUUGAUGAACGUAAUAAGAGGUUUCAUUCAUUGUUUUCUGUCUCCUUCCUUCUCUGGGGUGAAAAUUUUAGAUUUUUUAGAUUUUUUUUCUCUCUUUUGUCCCUAUUCGUUGUAGUUAAGCUGUGUGUUUUUGCUUUUGUCAACGAAAAUUGUGUUAAUGACAACUAAUAGACUUUGUUUCAAAUCUGCCCUUUUUAUU